AUAUUGUCUGGCCAUUCAUCCAGCAACAAGGCAGCAGGCCAGAAUUGAAGCUUGCCAGUGUAGACCAGCCGGUGAUGCAUAUUGACUUCGUUAUCUUAUUAGUUCUACUUCUAGAUAACUUUAUGUAGCAUUAAAGUCAAUAUAUUUCAGUUGUGUAUUGAAGCAAUAAAUCAGCGAUACUGGUGUAUAAAUCCAGUGAUCCGUUUUCUGUAGCUAACGUCAGUUAGCUAGCUAGCUUAAUAGCUAGCCGACGCGUUACUCGAAAUGGUUGGAUAAUUUGCUAGCUAGCUAACGCGUUAGCUAAAGAAAAUAUGGACCUAAAUUUUUAUUCUGAUCUCUCCGAUAAUACAUCUGAACAUGUGGACCAGGAUUUUUUGGAAACGCAGUCUUAUAAUGGAUAUCCCGGAAACAAGUUUCCAGGAGGCAGUGAUAAUUACCUGACGAUCACAGGGGCAGGCCAUCCCUUUCUGUCAGCAGAGCAGACAUUCCACACCCCAAGUCUAGGUGAUGAGGUGUUUGAGAUCCCACCCAUCUCCCUGGACCCUGACUCUGCACUCACCGAGGGGGAUGUGGUGUCCCAUUUUGGGGAGCUGUCAGAGAGUGCAGGGGGUCCCUCUGGGGCUGGAAACCUGGCCAGAAACGCAGUGGUCGGGGGAAACGACCCCUCGUUUGCCUCCACUUAUGUAAACCCAAACUCCCAGGGCCUGGAGCACUUGAGCCUAGGUGUGAUGAGUCAAUCUGGCGGCGCUGCUCUGCUCAGCUCAACACUGGGGGUGGAGCUUGGCCAUUCUAUUGGCUCUCAUUUCAGUAGCCCCUCCCCAAUGACCAUUGACGUUCCACUCGGGGACAUGAAUCAUGGCCUAUUGGGACACAAUCAGCUGGCCACUAUUGACCAAUCAGAGCUGAAUGCCCACCUUGGGCUUGGCCUAGGUGGUGGGACUAUUAUGUCUCGUUCAAAGUCACCUGACCAGCCGCUGUCUGCCACGCCAUCUCCAGCCGGUUCUCUCCAGGAUGAAGACAUGGAUGAUUUCAGGAGUGUACUGGUAGACUCUCCCAUGUCUCUGUCGAUCUCUCCUGCGGUCCUCUCCCAUAUGUCUGCACAGCCGGGCUCUUCCCUCAUCCCCUCCUCCUCUGGCACCCCGGCUGUGGUGAGGCGAGGGGGGGGCAAGCCAGCCACACUGGCCGCUACUGUGGGGCUUGGGGCUGCAGGAGGGAAGAAAGGCAGAAAGAAGAAGGACCCCAACGAGCCUCAGAAGCCCGUGUCGGCCUACGCCCUGUUCUUCAGGGACACGCAGGCUGCCAUUAAAGGGCAGAACCCCAACGCCACCUUCGGAGAGGUGUCUAAGAUCGUCGCCUCCAUGUGGGACAGCCUGGGGGAAGAGCAGAAACAGGUGUACAAGAGAAAGACGGAAGCGGCGAAAAAAGAAUAUCUGAAAGCACUUGCAGCUUACAGAGCCAAUCAGCUUUCACAGCCCACUGAGGUGAUGGACACCGCCCCCUCACCACCACCUCCAAUGCCUGACCCAGUCCCUGUGGCCCGCCCAGCCCGCCUCCCUCCACCUUUCCCAGACCAGAACACCAUCACCAACAUCUGCGCCUCCAAUAUCAUCCUGGACGUCCCCCAGGUCACUACUCGCUCUCGCACCGGGGCCAACAAGCCCCUCGCUCCAGGCCUGCCCACCACCGUCACCCAGACCUCCAUCCAGACCCCCAGCCCAACCAUCACUAAGAUCAUCAUCUCCAAACACAUGCUCCAAAGUGGUGCUCAGAUUCACCAGAUCCCAACCUCCAUGGUGACGGUCCUCCCUGCUGGCGUGCGUGCCCUACAGCCAGCAGCCGUGGCCCCUCUCGCCUCGUCCUCGCGCCUGCCCCCACCUCUGCAGCAGAUGCAGCAUGCCCCUCCCCCGCGACUCCAGCAGAUGGUACACUCCCCUGCCCCGCCUCCCCUCCAGGCCAAGCCCCGCGGAGGUGCCGGUCAGGGCCUUCCUGUGUCCGUCACCACUACUGCUCCCCCUCCGCUGCAGAUAAAGAUAGUUCCUGCCGCUCUACAGGGUAACACAGCCGUGCCCAUUGUAGUAAACGCGGCAACCUCUGCCAAUCUGGUUGGUACCUCGCACUCCUCCACUGUGCCUACUUCAGUAUACUCCACCCCUACAGUGGCCGUACAAGUAGUGAAACCCAAUGACACUACAGACGAGGAGACAGUUACAGAAGAGUUCACUCCAGGAGAGCUGGAGAUGGAGGUGAACGUGUCUCCAGGCCUCACCGGCGCUGGCCCAGCCUCUCUUAGUAUGUGUGUUCGAGCCGGCUGCACUAACCCUGCCGUGGAGAGCAAGGACUGGGAUAAGGAGUACUGCAGUAACGAAUGUGUGGCCACGCACUGCAGAGACAUAUUCAUGGCCUGGUGUUCCAUAAGGGGUCAGAACACGGCAGCUGUGAAGUAAAGAGCAACCACACUCACCACAGUCCAGACAACCACAGAGUCGAGAAGGAGAGCAUGCAACAGGGCAUGGAGGGGAUACACUGGGACACCAAUAAGCAUUCAGACAAAAGUACAACAGUGCUGAUCCAGCAGAAGGAAAAGCCAAAUUAUGGAAUUGAGCUUGUCAACUAGUUUGCUAUUGAGUGACCAAGGUGGGGAAAAGAAGGGCUACUCGUGGAGUAUGUACAAAUACGUAUUUGGAGUGAGAUCUACUUCCUUCAGUGUUUUAGUAGGUUUGGAUAAGUCAGUUUACUUGAUCCCUGACACGGUGUCGUUAAGCUGCACCACAAAACAGGGCCGACAUGGUUACAUUUCCAGAGAGUAUAUUCUUCAGUUUUGUGAAAACAAAACAAAAUGUCUCUUUAAUAAUAGUAAUCCACUCCAUCAUGAGAAAAUGUGCCACCUAUAACUAUUUCGUUAAAAGGAAACACAAAUAUUCGAUUCUUUUUAUAUACAUACUUUUUGUCUUCUGGUGCCCAGUGCUUGAUAUUUUGUGAAGUCAAGAACAUUAUUUUUCUAUUUUUAAUUGGUGAAAAUGUAGAAAGAUUAGAAAAAUAUCAUGCAAAAUCAGUUUCCUCUUCUGUUUAGUUUAGGGGCCUCUGCUGUCAAAAGUAUUGAUAGUUUCCUGCUCUCAGUGCAGCGUGAAUUAACAAAUGUAAACAUCAAGCUUGAUUUGAUGUUCAUGUCAACUUCUUUUUAAAUAAACGAGCAAUAAAAGGAAGUGCUCAAACUAGUGUGUCA